AAAAAAAGCUUUCUUGUGCCAUCUGAAACCUUCUGAUGUGUAUAUACAGUACUUUGGGAAACUUUGCAUAAGACCAUCUGGGUCUACUGGUUGAAUGGUAAGAGAAGGGAGUAAUAAAAAAAUAAGAAACAAAAAUGAUACUGUUAUAAGCUUAUAAGCCAUGUGGGUAAUAAAUUAGAAUGGAAACAUGAGUUUGUAAAGACAGAUAAAUGAAUUUCCUUGACUUCAAGCCACUGUUAUUGUCAAGAUAAAGUUGUGCAUGUAGAGAAGGAAGUCUAACAAAAUGACAUUCCAUUCUGGGGCUUAAAUGCUUGCCCUUCCUUCUUUUUUAUGACUCUUGCUUUAUUGAAUAGCACUGGGGUCAUAAGGCCCCAGUAGAUGUAAAUGCUAUGCUGUACCUCUUGUCAGGAAGGCCAGCCUUUGUGUCUGCGGGAGGAAUGCUUGUCCUUGUUGCAAGAAGGUAAAACAGUCAGAAGCAAAUGAGAUCAGGUUUAGAUUGCCAAGCCUCGGGUGGGACCCUUGGAGGUCAGAACACAGACAAAAGGAAACAGGAAAGCAUGUUUAAGAGGAAGACAAGGGUAGGGCUAGCUUCAUGGUCAUGCAACCAUGUGAACUUAUGGUUGCACAAGUUCCCAUGCCUAGAAGGGCCCUGAACUUGGUUUAAUGCUCUGCUGUCACUGUCUUGAAAUUCUUAUUAAUUUUUAAAUGAGGAAGCUUGUAUUUUUAUUUUGUACUGGGCCCUGCAAAUUAUGUAGCCAGCCCUUGGUGUGGGGUAGACAAAUGCUUAUAGAAGACUUUGUGGUUUAGGUUCAUGGGGUAGAACUGGAAGAGUGAGAACUAGAUAGUAAGUUGCAAAAAAGGAAAAAGUUUCAGCUACUAACUGGUGGUGUCUCUUCUGAUUGACCUUAGUUCAUAGAUUAAAUAAUUUAACAUUGGACUCCAGGAUUCUUUUUGCCUUAAACUCCUAGGCUGGCUGACUAACUUCCUUCCAUGGUUAUGAAGUAGUAGAGGGAAUGGCAAAUUAUAUCUGGAGAACAUGGAUAAUGAAAUGAAUAGAUCUCUGAGAACUUGAAAAAAUUAUGUAGUAAGUUUGUUCCUGAUGAGUUAAAGUGUAAAACCAACUCAUAGUGGAUUAAGUAGGGGCUUGCAUGUAAAUAUCCACAAAGGGUGGCUAUAAGACAACAGAGAGUGAUGGGCAGUAGAGGUGAUGGUGGGCACCCAAGGAAACAUAGCAUGUUUAAAGGAAAAUCUGUAUUGAAUUUCAGCCUGUUAUUGCCAAGUUAUGUUCAGUCAUGUUAUUGUUCCUUGUAGCUAAAAUCCUUCCAGGUUUUUUAGAAGUAGCUGGAAAUCUGGAUUUUUGACUGUGAUAUUUUUCAAUUAAAGAAAAACAACUAUGUAGACUAUGUCUGAGUUGAAUUCAUUUUAAUCCUUAAGUGGACUUUUUAAAAACUUCUUUUCUAAAGAUUAAUAUAAGAAGUGACCAUUCAAAUUACUGUUUUAGGGAGGGAGUCAUAGCCAUGUGAGGCCAUCUCUAGUAAGGAGAUGGAAUUAGAGUAAGAGUUGCCAGUGGAUACUGAGGAUUAUGAUACAGAAGGAGCUCUAAAUUUUCUAUAUUGGAGGGUCUUGGGGGUUAAAAACAGGCUUGUCUUUGAGGACUUAUGCUAUGGCUUGAAUGUGUCCCCAAAUAUCAUGUAUUGGAAACUUAAUACCCAAAUUUAUAUGUUGAUGGCAUUUGGAAGUGAGUCCUUUGGGAGAUAAUUAGGAUUAGAUAAGGUCAUCAGGGUAGGCCUCCCAUGAUGGGACUGGUAGCUUUAUAAGAAGAGGAAGACAGACCUACACACAACUUGCCUUCUCACCAUGAGAUGCCCUCCGCUCUGUUAUGACAUGGCAAGAAGGCCCUCACCAGAUGCUGGUGCUAUGCUCUUUGACUUCCCAGCCUCCAGAACCAUUAUCUAAAUAAAUCUUUAUUGUUUAUAAAUUACCCAGUCUGUGGUAAUUGGUUAUAGUUACAGAAAACAGACUAAGACAACUUAUUUGGAAUUAUGUUUGCAUAGCAAACUCACUGUUUUUACUUAGAUUAUAUGACAUAGUCAUAAGAAAUAGCCAACCUUUCUAGUACAUUUUUUCCCACACCUUAGAUAAGAUUGAAAAACCAGCAAUUUCCCAUCUCUAGGAGUGGGUGGGGAACUCUUAGAGCUGCUGGAUUGUAAGGGGAAGUAAAAAAAAAGUUCUCACACCCCAGACCAGUCUUUUGCCCACCACUCUUAUGGUUUAUUUUUAAAACAAGGUCAUCAUUAUUAUGGAUACAUCAGGCUUUCUUAGCCUGAUAUCAUUAAACAUGCAAUUCAUUUUGUGAUUUCCCCGAGUGUGUGCUCACCUUCUGAAUAUGAUUUGACUUCCCAACUGGAUUGGUCAGAGGGAGGGAAUGGGUAGGUCCUGCAGUUUAGAAUAUAGGUGUUUCUAUGACUGUUUAUUGUUAAUUAUAACUUAAUAAAUUGACAUUCUAGCAUUAAACAGCAGUCUUGUGACUGUGGUCAGUGAACCUGCCAAUGAAAUUUCGAAUCUCUUUGGUCAGCUGACACACUCAGUUUUGAACUUGGGCAGCUCAGAACCAGAUCCUAGACUAUAGCAAACUGGUCAAAGUAAUGAAUGAAAUUUUGGGAGCCCCGUUGGAAAGCCUUUCCCUAGGUGACAUAAAAAAUAUAUCUCGAAUGUAUGCAUUUUUCCUAUUUGAAUUUCUUUAGUGAUAGAGUUGACACAUACGGUUUAUAAAAGUCAUGGAGUAGGGAGGGAUAGCCCCAUGGAAGUGUUAAUAGAAUUUCAGAUAAUUUUGGGAAAUGCUGGUUUAAGUGAAGGUAACUGAUUUCUUUAUGAGGACUUUUCCAGAACAUUUAAUCUUCUAAUGAGUGAUCCAGUAGGAACAAAUGGUAAGUGGUGUUUCUCAACCUCAUUUGCUAAUGGUACUUUUAAAAUGUUUCCUUGGCAACACUUUUGGAAAGCAUCGUGAAAUAUUUACCAAGUGCAGCCUUAAGAAUACAAUGAAAUUGAGAUAUUUCUGGAAUUUUCCUGGUGUCUAGUCAGUUUUGGGAAAUUUGUGCUGAACCCCAGUUUGCAUUGGGUUUCAUAAGACCUACCAGAGAGUUCUGGAAUCCACAGGAAUGACCAUUUGCUCACUAGGUAUCUGUAUUAGUGAGAGUUCUUCAGAGAAACAGAACCAAUAGGAUGUAGAUACAGAUGUACAUAUAGAUAUACGAGCUGAAAUUUAUUAGCGGGAUUGGCUCACACAAUUAUGAAGGCCGAGAAGUCCUACAGUGGACUGCAUGCAAGCUGAAGAACCCAGGAAGCCAGUGGCUUGGCUUAGUUCAAGUCCAAAGGCCUGAGAACCAAGGCCUGGUGUAACUCUCAAUCUGUAGUCAAAGGCCUGACAACCUGGGGAUGCUGCUGGCAGAAGUCUCCAAAGGCUGGAGAACCUGGAGUUCUUAUGUCCAUGGGUAGAAGAAGAUGGUAUUCUAUCUCCAGGGGAGAGAGAGAGAGAGAGAGAGAAGGAGAGAGAGAGAGAGAAGGAGAGAGAGAGAGAAAGAGAGAGAGAGAGGAGAGAGAGAGAAAGAGAGAGAAGGAGAGAGAGAGAGAAAGAGAAAGAGAGAACAUAUUUGCCUUUCUUUCUAUCUGGGCUGUCAGCUGAUUGGAUGGUGCCCACCCACUUUGGGUGACGGAGGAUCUUUCUUAUUGAGUCUACUGAUUCAAAUGUCAAAUCUCUUCUGGAAACACUUUCACAGACAUGUGCAGAAAUAAUACUUUGCCAGCUCUCUGGGUAUCCCUUAGUCUAGUCAAGUUGACACCUAAAAGUAAUCAUUACAAUACAUGAACCUGGAAUUGUCCCAGUGUGGACCCAAGGCAGAAAUGGAAUUUAGUAAUGUGGGGUUGGGAAUCUGGAUGUACAUAUUGUGAGUCAUCUUGGAAUUGCCAGAGUCCAAGACUUUUUUUUUUUAUCUGUAUAUAUUUUCUUCCGAUAGCUUACUUCUUAAAAGGGAACUUCCCAGGUUGAAUAUGCAAUGCUUAUUAAGACCCAUUCCAGAAACCCAGCUGUGUUCUCACAGAUAGGACUCAAUGAGCACAAUGGUUAAAUCUUUAUCUUUACAGAGAUUUCUUUUUUCAGAGGAUUGGAGAUUAGAUUAUAGAGUAAUAUGGUUUUAUAGACAUUCAUGUUACUUUCUUUGAUUCUAGAAUAAGGAAAAGGAAUGCAGAGCUACAUUUCUUAAUAUGAAAUGGUGAUUGCCAGUACAGCCCAACUGUAUAUUUUCAGCGUGUAAUGACAACAUUAGGAGGAAAAUUGAUUAGUACUUUUAAAACAGCAGGAAAAUUAUUUCUGCCCAAACAUUGAUUAGCCUUUGAAUGGACUUUCUUAUAAUUCUUUUCUUCCACAGACUGCAGGGUGCAGCACAGUCAUAUUUUAGGCAGAGUCAAGCAGAGAAACCUACUUGCCGCUAUUAAACUUAUUACUGCCUUUUCCAGUGGGUGCAAAUAACUUUGUCUUCAGUAGUUACACUCUCCUGGCUUGAUAACACAUAAGGACUUCUUUGUUUAUUUUGAUUAAAGAGACUAAAGAUACUUUUGUCUUAUGUGAAAUGUGAAAACAGUGAAAUAUUGAAAUUUUUUGAUGACAUAUAUUCCUCCUUUUGGCUUAUAAAUGUCAACUUGUUUAGCUUCCUUGCAUGAGUGCUUUAAAAUUUAUUAGCUGAAGCUCAGGUAAUAUUAAUUUGUUCCUGGUUAUAUGUUAUAUAAAAUAUAGGAAUAAAGAAAACUGAGGUCCUUACCCUCAGGUAACUUAUAUAUUUGAGGAGUUAAGACAUAGAAAUAAGAUAAAUAGGAGAGUUUAUGAUGAGCCCCAGAUGAGUGGGUUGGAAUAUUACAUAACCAGUACAGGGUUUCAGAAGGAGAGAGAUUUUGUGUGCGUGCAUCCUGAAAUAGUUGGGGAGGACUCAUGCAGGAGCUGGAACUUGGAGAUGGGAAGAAUUCAUCCAGGUGGAAGAGGGUAGGAGGGAUGCUGGUGCCAUUAGCAGAGAGGGCUAGACCAGAACAUGCCUGCUUUUUCAACAACUGCAGCUGAAUAUGUAAAAUCUCGACUCCCAGAGGCCCUUAAACAGCAUCUUCAGGACUACGAGAAAGACAAAGAAAAUAGUGUAUUGUCUUACCAGACCAUCCUUGAACAGCAGAUUUUGUCAAUUGACCGAGAAAUGCUAGAAAAAUUGACUGUAUCCUAUGAUGAAGCAGGCACAACGUGUUUGAUUGCUCUGCUAUCAGAUAAAGACCUCACUGUGGCCAACGUGGGUGACUCGCGCGGGGUCCUGUGUGACAAAGAUGGGAACGCUAUUCCUUUGUCUCAUGAUCACAAGCCUUACCAGUUGAAGGAAAGAAAGAGGAUAAAGAGAGCAGGUGGUUUCAUCAGUUUCAAUGGCUCUUGGAGGGUCCAGGGAAUCCUGGCCAUGUCUCGGUCCCUGGGGGAUUAUCCACUGAAAAAUCUCAACGUGGUCAUCCCAGACCCAGACAUCCUGACCUUUGACCUGGACAAGCUUCAGCCCGAGUUCAUGAUCUUGGCAUCAGAUGGUCUCUGGGAUGCUUUCAGCAAUGAAGAAGCAGUUCGAUUCAUCAAGGAGCGCUUGGAUGAACCUCACUUUGGGGCCAAGAGCAUAGUUUUACAGUCAUUUUACAGAGGCUGCCCUGACAAUAUAACAGUCAUGGUGGUGAAGUUCAGAAAUAGCAGCAAAACAGAAGAGCAGUGAACCCUUCAGGGGUCUCAGCUGCCUUAGACUAAAGGACUUUCAACACACUGGUCUCUUUUAAUUUAGUGAAAAGUGUGGGAGUUGUAAUUAGGAUCAUCCAUCCCGGACAUGGAAUCCCCCCUCCCUGGUGGUCUUAGGUCUAUAAUCAGUGACGAACAGAGGGUGCCCUUGGCCAAUGUAGUUAAGAAACUGGAAAACGGUUUCUUCAUGUUUUCCCAACUCUUUCAUCCAGUGUCCAAAAUAUAUAAAUAGCUGUAGAGUCACGUGUAUGAAGUGAAUAGCAUAUGUGUCAUUUAGUCUCCCUGAAGAUUCUUUUCAAGAUCCUGUUCAGGGUCCUCCAGGCAUCAGCUGUUGUUGUGUCCUCUCUUUGGUUCAGUGGACAGGACAGGCCACCCAGUGCUGCAGGAGACAGGCCACUGCGUCACCUGUGAGUGGUCAGGGGCUGAUGUGGCAACACCCUCUGCCAAGAGACAGAGCUGUCCUAAGAAUGCUUUGUCCUUCUGAGCCCAUGUUUUCUGCUCAGCAGCAGCUUGGAAGCAGAUUUGGAAUGGUUUAUUAUUUCGGCUGCUCUUGGGGACUGCGAGAAGCAGAGAGGAUGAGAGACCAGUGGCAACUUCCUGCACAGCAGAAAUAACCCUUUUCCCUUGCUUCCUUUAAUAGUUAAGACUUUGUAUACCACCUGACCAGCCUUUGUGCAUUUAUCCUAAUCAUGCAUGACCGUUAACCUUUUGCUUAGUCCUUACCAUAUGUAAUAGGCAGCUGUUAAAUUCACCAACAGACACCCUGAUUUUUCAUCUUACAUGACCAAGAAACCACGUUAGGGGAAAUGAAAAAAGCAAGCCACAAUACCAUGAUUCCUUCCAUUUUCAACAGUAGAUGAAGGAAAUGAUACUGAAUGAGUCACAGUGUUCCCUGGCAAGUAAGCUGUUUGCAUUGAGAAAGGAGUGAGCUGGUGAGGUUACCACGCUGAAUUGAGCUCCAGCUGCCAGUUUUUGUGUUUUUCCUUGCCUCUUUCCAAGUGGUUUUCAAGUGUCAGGCAGUGUUCUGAGAAGCAGCAGCCUAUAACUGUAUGUGUGUUCCUUGAAGCCAGGUGCAGAGUUCCCAGCUACUGCAGCUUGGGAUUUGGUGGGAAACUACUGGGAUGAGCUUCUCCUUGACAAUGGAAAGGCAGCAGUCUUCAAUAUUUGGUUGCAAAUCUCCAUCCACAUCAGGGAGCUUUCCCCAGGCAAAUACAAACCGCCCCCUGUGGCCUGCAGGCCUGCAGGGGAGGCAACAAAGGGACCUGGCAGUGGCAACACAGCAAGUCAGGAAUUCAAGCGUGAACCCAUAUUGAUAAGUGGGCCAGAAUUAUUUAGGGGCCUGGCUUGCUGCUCUCCAUUUCCUGUAUCGCUAAUUUAUCAUUUUUCCAACCUUAGUAUUUUAUAAGUUUAUUUAGAGAAAAUGCUGGGCCACUCUCUUUGCCUAAGGUGACUCAAACAGCCAAACAAAACUUCCGUUGCCUCCCACCCCCCUGUAUCCACCUGGUUUUGUUCUUUCCCUGUGAGCAUUUGUGGCUAUAGCUUCCCAUAUGCCACAUUCACCGGCCACCUCCUCGCCGUGGAGCCCUGCCCUCUCCCCUCCUGCUGCUGUAGAGUUUUCCCAAAGCAGUGUCCAGGAGAGAAUUCGAGAGAGUGAAGAAAUUGCCUUGUGGAUGUGGAGGGCUGCAAUCUGUCUUGAUUUCUCCAAGCACUUAACUUUCUUUGACUGCACUGAGAAUUACUAAUGAUUUCCCAUCAGAUUUGCUUACUUUUGUAUACUGUAUUUUCCAGCAUUACAGUUAGAACCUUGGUUAUUGUUUUUUAGCCAUAGAAUCUUCUAGUACAAAAUAUCUGCCACCAUUUUAGAUUUAAGCAUUUGCCUAUGGGGAAACACUGAAUAUGUGGAUGUGUGUAUUAAUAUUUGGGGUGGGGACAGGGAAGGGAAUGUGGAAAACAAAUGCUGGCUGUGAGCAGUGCUGAGAUGGCCAGGCCAGGUGGCUGAGUUUGCUUGGAAAUUCAGGACAUUCUGACUCCUAAGAGUUGCCCCCACCCACCAUCGAACUGAAAUCAGCACCAAUGGUGUCAGCACUUUACAGCCCAUAGCCAACUUUAUUUUUAACGUAGCACAAAAAUGUAUAAUAGCAAGGAAAAGACAUUUUUAAAUUCCACAGUUAUUUUUAUUGUCUAAAAUGAAAGCAGCAGUGUUUUGAUAAAGAUGAAAAAGAAAAGCUACUAAAUUAGUAAAUCAGUGGUUACGUGCCCUGCAGAAUUUCUUAACAGAUGGUGCUGAGUGCACGAGUUACAUAACUUUCUCUCUAAUUGAGGUUCACAAGGCGUCUUCUAAAUUUUGCUUUGUAUAAUUAAUUCAUUUCUGAUGUUAACCAAAUAGAGUGUAUAUAUCCUACUCCCAUUACUGCCUCUUUCCCCCCUACUAUGGCUUGUAGAUUUUCGAAAGAUAGAAGUUCUAGGCAAAACUGUAGCAGUUUCAUUAAUAGUUAGGAUAGUUAUAUCUAAAAUCAGAGUAUUUUGUUCCCUUCCUUCUGGAGCUCUCUCUCUCCCUAGCCCUUUUCCAGCUGUUGGGGAUGUGCAGACAUCACUCCUGGGGUGCCCUAUGGUACACUGGCUGCUCCCCAGGGACCUGGGAAUGCUGAAUCUAGCCAUUAGGGAAAUUGAUUUGAGAUGUUUGCAUGUGAAGCUUCCCUAAGCAGCACUGCCAAAGCUUUGGAAUUGUCAUCCAAGGCUUCCUAGACUCCCUAGCUAGCUCAAGUUCGAAUUGCCAAUAGUCCCCAUGGUGCCAAAUUUUGGGAUGGUUUUACAGUCUUUUAGAAAUGAACACGGGAAUGGCCAUGUGCUUCUGAGACCCCAGCAGGAUGCCAGGCCCAGGUCUCCAUUAAUGCAGUGCUCUGCUGCUGCUCCACUGGCAAUUUGUACUCUUAACAUAGGUUGGGGGAGGGACAGCUAGGGAAAUUGUUUUUUAAUUAAUUGUAUCUACAAUUCUUUCAUCAUAGGAAUAAACAACACUUAUAUAGAAAGCUCCAAAGCUGUCCCCAAGACCUGUAUUUAUUUUAUAUGACCAACUUGCCCCAAGGCAAUUAACUCUGAAUUGCUGUUCUAAUGUGACAUAUCUGUGUACAUAUGUACAUAUUACUGGUAACCAGUGGCUGCAUUUUAUUCCUUGCUGUGGACUGAGGUAUUGGCUUCUUGAAUCUUGUAUAUGUCAUAAGAAUAUUACACAGAGAGUGUUAUAGUGAAGGAUGCAAGCUGGAUAAUUUAAAACAGGCCUCAUUUCAUACAAGUGUAAUUAUUACAUCAUUUUGGGUAAAUGGCAAACAGGAUUGCAUGAGAGUGAUGGCAUCAUCAUUUCAAUUUAAUCUGAAGUGAUUCUAGGAAAUUGAUUCCACUGUUGGAUUCUAGGAAAUUGAGUCCACUGUUUCCUUUACGUUUAAUUUCCUUUGUGUUUAAUUUGACCACAGAAACUUUUUUGAGUAGCACCUAGUAACAUUGCAAGGAACUUGUGUAUCAAGGUGUAUCUAUCUUGAUUAUCCUGAUUGUCUUUGUUCUCUAAGUUGUUGCCAGAUCUCUCUUGCAACUGUGUCAAUGAAAGGUCUGUGUUUAGAAAAGGCAGCAUAUCAUUGUAUAUUUGAAACUAUAGGAAUAUAUACUUUGUAUAAAACUUUUCCAAUGAUUUCAGAAAUUCUUUUUUCUCCUUUUGACCCACAACUAGACUGUUCAUCCCCUAAUAGUUCCCCAAAAUUGCCUUAGCAUGUCACACCAGCAUUUGUCAUCCAGCUCUGGAGAAAUGACAUGACUGUUAGAUACUAUGCCUGUCUAAUUGCCUCUGGAUUAAGUAAUUGAUAUCUAGACUUUUGAGGUAGUUAGCUGUAGAAAUAAUAGAAUCCAGUGUUUCCCAAAGUGUGUUCCAAAGAACACAAGUUCCAAAGAUGCUCUUCUAAAUAUAGGAUUCUAGGAUCCAAUAAGUUUGGAAAACACAUACCAUCUUAGAAAGUUAGUGAACAUGAGCACAUCAAAGGCUCUAAUUUAAAUGUCCUGCGAGGAGAGAAAAACACAACAAAUAUCUACUGUCAGUUAGCCCAGUGUUUUCCAGAUUAAUUUGACCACAGAAACUUUUUUGAGUGGCAUCUAGUAACACUGCAAGGAACUUGUGUUCUAAAGAACACCCUUUGGGAAAUUCUGGUAUAUUGAAAUAUUGCUGUGUUUUCAUUCACGAUGACUCUUAGUAGUAGCAGUACAAUUUGCAACUUAGAAGCAUUAGCCUUUCAUAUAUGAAGCUGACUUGUUAAUAAAAGCAGUGUUAAGAAGUAGUAUGACUUAAUAUGACCAACAGCAGCCUCAUAUUGAUAGCAGAACAAUCCUACUGAAAGCUCUAAACAUCAUCCCUUUUUUUUUUUUUUUUUUUUUAACGGAAUCUCGCUCUGACACCCAGGCUGGAAUGCUGUGGCGCAAUGUCGGCUCACUGCAAGCUCCGCCUCCCAGGUUCACACCAUUCUCCUGCCUCAGCCUCCUGAGCAGCUGGAACUACAGGCGGCCUCCACCACACGUGGCUAAUUUUUUGUAUUUUUAGUAGAGACGGGGUUUCACCGUGUUAGCCAGGAUGGUCUUGAUCUACUGACCUUGUGAUCCACCCGCCUUGGCCUCCCAAAGUGCUGGGAUUACAGGUGUGAGCCACUGCACCCGGCCAUCACUUUCUUUUAUAUGAAUAAUAAGCAAGAGCCCUGCCAUAGCUAAAUAUGUCUCAAAUUCAUUCCAAGAUCUUUCCAUUGCUUUUUUGCAGUUACCUUUGCUUUUUGGGUUGAAUCAAAAUGAAUAUUUUUAUAUUUCAUUACUAUGUGAUAUUUAAAAAUAUAUAGAAAAAUCACAGAAAAGGAAAAACAGAAAUUUGAUUUUAAUUCACUUCUGAAAUUUUAACGAUUUUUAAAACUAACGAUCUGUUAUAUAAUAACUGAAAUGUAAACUAUUAACAGUUAUUUACUUUCUUUCCUUUAUUGUCCUCUCUGGAUUCAGUGAAAUAAUUUGAAAUCAAUUAGAGCUCAUACCUUCUAAAACUCCUGUCCCAUAUCAUCCCACCUUUCAUGUUUUAUGUACAUAGUUAAGUUUGGCACGUUAUCUCUUGCCUAAAAUGUGAGGCCUUCCUGUAGUUCCAUAGUAGUUACUCUUGGCUGCAGAAAUAGGUUUGGGAAGCUAUGAGAGAUUACCCCAAAGUCAUGGAUGAAACAAAUCUAGUCGAAAACAUGGUACGGAGUGAAUUAAGGCAAAAGUCAUUAACUUAAAAUUACAUCCAAUAUUUAGGACUAGCUCAUCCUCUGCACAUUAUCCAAAAUAUUUUAAAAAACUAAAAGUAAGAUCUCUUAGGCUAGGUGGUGGAUUGCAAAGGGCAGGGGGCAGUUGAUACCAUGAGGCUUCCAAUAGAUGCAUUUCUAAACAUUUUUUCUAAUAUGUAAAUUUGUUUGCUGAUCCUUAGUAAUGUUAAUGCUUUGUCUAUUUGUUAUUUUUACCACUGUUGAACAGCAAACUGUUGAGGCUAGGGUUGAUUAUUGAUAAUUUUUAUGUGUUUAGUAAUAACCACAGCAUCAUAUGUACAACUGCUUUAAUAGAUCCAAGUUAAGGACUUUGAGGAGAGCAUGUAGCAACUAUUCAUUUUAACAAAUCAUCACAGACAGUUUCCCUGUUCAAAGCUCCACCAAAAAGCAAGCAUGCAGCAAAGGUAUAGACCGUAUUUAGAGAUGCGGUUUCAUUUAUUCCUGAAGUCCUAUAACCUUGUAUUAUUUAAACACAAAAUCCCACCUAACAUUUGCCAAAUCCAAGUUAAUCUCAAAAACCUCCGAGGACAUUGAGCACAAGCAGAUUACUGUGAAGGCACUGGUGGCAGAUUGUGGUGGAGAGAGGGUUGAGUGACCCAGAGCAAAGCCUGCCCGGGUUACUCGCUGCCACUUCAGGAGAGGGAUUGUAUCAGCUCUCAUUAACUUUUGUCAUGAGGCAGUUCAUAAAUUAAAUAUGAUAUCAUGCAUUAUCUCAAAAUAUUUCUAUAUUAAUUAGAUAAUUCACGAUGUAAAACGUGUUCAUGCAGAAGCAAAGGCGGAUGUAAUUGUCAAGUAUCAGGGAAAAACCCCUUUAGGAUACCCAGACAUUAAAAAUGUAAAAAGUAGCUUAUAAGAAAUGUGGAUUAUCAGAUUUUUACUAUAUAUAGGUUGUGUUUAAUAGUAAUUUCUGACACCUGCACAUAGAUCAAGAAAAGGCAGUUGUUACCACUUUUCACCAUUCAAAAAAUGGGCUUGUCUCUUAGAGUAUUGGUUAAUGCUUUGCUUAUUUGUUAAUGAAGACAGCAUUUUAAUUUUAAAGCUUCCUUUUGUAGGACUGAUGGCACGGGCAGAAUCACAUUUAAGAAAAAUGGUUUGGAACACUUUUUAAUAAAAAAUUGUAAAAUCAGUUUCCAGUGUGGUCAAAAUUAGAAUGUAAAGGAAAGCAUUUUUAAGAAAAUACAGAAGCCCAAAUCAAGGGAGAGUAAUAUAAAAGGAAAUAUUUUAAAUUAAGAAAAGGAGGUGUUAUAGUUUAUUACAUCAUGAAUUAUGCUUUCUGUACUUACGCUCUUAGUGAAGGAGUUAACAUUGAAGUGAGAAAAUGAACAUUCUCAGUUAUUUGUGAAGUUAGUAAAAUUGCAGUCCCUAUUCCAUUUUUUUCUGAUGAAAAUGGAUACAUGAGAUCUCAUUUAUUGCUGUCCUCAACACCUUUACUGUCCUAGAUUCCAUUCACGUUCCAAAUCGUGGACAGUAAAACUGAAGUCAGAUAAACAUAGUCACAGGUACAACUGGGAGCGAGUUUUAACAUAGUGGUAAUUUUGCAAAUGCCAACAUGAAUACUAGUGAGUACUCAAUUUACGACAGACAAUUUCACAAAAACCAACCACAGAGUGAUUUGAUAUUCUUGCUUCUUAGAGAGUUUUCUAAUCCAUAUAAUGCAAUGGGUCAGGUUGCUCAUAUAAUUAAAAAAAUUAAUCCUGUAGAAAUGAUGUAUUAGACAUCUCUAACCCAAGAAAAAGAUGUAUUUUGUAUAAGUUUUAAAUUCCCAUUUGUCUAUCUUAGGACAAAUGAUGACUUCUUCGUGUAGUAAUGAAAACGUCUGAAAUCUGAAAAUGAAAUCCUGCUGUGUGGAGAAAAGCUAGAACCAUGGGACAUUAAGCAAGAAUACUCCUCUUAUUUAGGCUCCCAGACUACAACUAACAGUCUUUAUGUAUUUAUCAUCUUGGUUAUUGUUUUAUCUCAAGCAUAUACAGUGUGCAGAAAGUAGAAUAAUGAAUAAAAUAUGACCAUGGAGAAAACCCAUAACUUUUGCUUCUAUUCUAGAAAGCAGUGUUUGUUCUUUUUAAUUUAUUACAUGUUCACAUUGAAACAUUAACAUCUACAAUAUUGUCUUUCAGUUUACUCUUCAAUUACUAAAGCAAAUGAUUUUGAUUUAUAGCACUUACACAACUGCAGUUCAGGUCACAGAAUUGAAAUCUAUUUGAUAAUGUCUCAGCAUUCUCAUGGGCAGCCAGGAAAAAAAGAGAGACAGAAAGACAAAUAGAAAUUUUAGUGGGUUCAGAUAAAUGAUUAUUCUGACAAACCUGGAAAAUAGUAAUUAAACAGUUCAUUCCAAAAGACCCCAAUGUAAACUCUGCUCACAUACAUAAUUUGUAUAAGGAAAAUGUAUGAGUUUUUUUCUUAAAAAUAGAAGCAUCAUUGCAUUUAUAACAGAUUGAUCAAUCUUAUGAACAGAUUACAUUGGGAAAGUCACUAUUAUUGCUGUAAGUGUGUUUGUAUAUUUUAUUCUUUCCUUUUUUGUGUGAGCAUCUACUAUGUGCCAGGCAGUGACUGUGUCUGAGUGAAUGUAUCCAUUGGUUAGCACUCAGGCGCCAUCACUGCCUUCUUGGGGCUUACACCCUAGUGGGGGCCUCAGAGAUAUAAUAACACUCAAUAUUGACCCAAUGGGAUGAAAACUGUUAUCUUCAUGAUUUCUUCCAAUGGGCUUAGAUUUGUUGGGACAGGGCAGAAUUAGAAUAAUUAUUUCUCACAUAUAAGAGUAAGUGAUAUGAGAUUGGGAAUUUCUUGCCAACACUCAAGCAAACUGCAGAAGAUAAUUACUCUGUUUUACUAGCUCACCUAGUUUCUGAAGGAUGGGGUGGGGAGUGAGACAUGGAGCCUCUGGGGACGAGGAUGGGGGGUGGGACUGUCCCAGUGGAAGGUGCCACUGGAAGCCUCCACCCAAGUGGGCCAGCAGCUGUGCAAGGGUGCAGCAGUAGGCUGGUGAAAGCCAGGUUGUCAAGAUCUUUCUAAGGGAAGAAAAGGAUUAUAGAAAAGGAGAAAAGGGAGGAGCAAGAACAUCUCUCCAUGGCCUAUUUUUAUUUUUGUUCCCAAGAGACUAGUGUAAUAACCUUAUGCCCCCAAAGAGAGCCCAGAACUGAGAGUUAUCUUCAGUGUUCCUGAGUGUAAAUCAGUGAAUCUGUUAUAUAGAAAGUUAACAUUUCAGGAGCACAAUUAUUUCCUGAUUUCAAAUAUGAACAGAAGACUAAAUGUCAUUUUUUUUUAAAUCAUAAAUUUGGUAUCCAUAGUUACUUUACACAUUCCAGAGUCUAAGCAUGGAACUUAAGUUUUGUAUUUUGAACAAAAAUAGCAACAUCUGUUUUCUGUAUGGCAAAGAAAAACUAAAUCCCAGACUUUUAUUUUUAAUCACAGAAACCAUCACUUCUUUCUAAAUUAUUUGCUUGCCUGCUCAUUCCCCCUAAACAUCUCUUUCUGUUUAUGCCAAUGGCUUUUUAAAUCCAAAUAAUACUAGUUAUUGCCAAAUUGCAUUAGAAUCCUAUUGAAUUAGAAUAAUUCAUAUACUUCAUAUACUAGACAGUAAAUGGUUAGAGACGGUAAAGAUCUGAUUGUGAUCAAAAGUAGGGUUUUUGUUUUGUUUUUAAUCAUGAGCACAUAUAAAAGGAAAUUCAAAUGAAACCAAGCCAAUUUCUGAUUUAGUAAGAUUAAAACCAUAGAUGGAGCUCAGUUAUUAAGGAUGGAAAGGAGGAAAGCACAGAGUGGGGAGAGAAAAAGGGGAAGGAAAAAAAGUAGUGUUUUUUGGGGAACAGUAUAAUGUCUCAGAAGUUCUUCUCUCUUAUCCUGCUGAUGUUGAGACAGUAGCUUUGUAUAAGCUUUUAUUUAUACCUAUUUCAACAUCAUGAAAAUUUUUCCAUCAGCAUUUUCUUGCAACUUUAAAAAUCACAAGGGAUUAUUUGUUUAUAAAGAGAUACAGGAUCUAUAAUUUAUUGGCAAUACUUUAUUUUAGGAAUCUUCAAAUUGUACUUAAUAAAUAAAUCACAGGUCAAAAUGACUGUCAAAUCAAUCAGGCUUUCUCGUAAGUUAUUUCCUGAAAACUAUCCAUGAUAAAUACAACAAGCCUUGGCGAAACCUCAUUACUCUUGGAAGUCUUCAGAGGUUAUUAUACCUACUUAUCUGUAUUUGUCUCUAAGAGACAUUUGAAACACAGUUACAAUGUCAAUUUGGUGUAACAUUACCUGUAGUAGAGCUCAGAGUAUAUGGCAGUGCACGGUCACUCAAGAUGCAUGGCAUGUCAUUUGGGUCGCUUUGAUGAGUGCUCGGGUAGAAUUAGCCUCGUAGAGACUAAUGUGUUCAUGCUAUCUCUGAUCCUGUGGUGUUGUAUAAAAAUGAACAGCUAAAAAUUUACCCAUGACAAGAUUAAAGCAAAAAUAAACACAAAGUUGUUAGACUUUAAACAUGA